ACAUAGUAGCUCAAAUAGGAGAUUGCUUAGGAAUAAGUGAUGUCAGAACAUAAAGUUUUAAAGAAAAAUUGUCAAUCACUAAUAUUCUCAGUAUUUUUUCUUGACAAGAGAAUAAUAAAAAAUUAUUCUCUUUUUCACGUUUUUUUACUCUUUUUGCUUUUGUUCUCUUCUUUUUCGUGCUACAUAUGUUCAGUGAAGAGCAUAAACAAAAUACAGCAAAACUAAGAAAGAAGUCUUUAGUACUUAGCCCAGUCAAGUCUUCUGGGUGAUAGGCAGACUAAGGCACAAUAGUAUUUUUUUCCACUAGUGCAUAUCUUAGAAUUAUGUGAUUUGGGAAGUUAUAUACUACAGAAGAAGAAACAUAUGUAACACAAUCCAAUAAUCGCUUAGAUAUUUAUUUUUAAAAUCCUACUCUUUUAAAAGCUUUCAUAUUCUAAUAUGGCUAGUCACACUGAUGUUGUGAUGCUCUGCUGUUCAUGCAUGAUUUUCCAAAAGGAUUUUUCCAAUAUUAUACCAUCUAUGAAGCAAAUCUAUGUACAAUGGAGUCAUGUCUCAAAUGAUCAGUUUUAAAUGAUGUGCAUAGAAAUAGAUAUUGAAAUUCUUUGUAAUUUCUUCAGGACUAAUAAAGAGCUUAAGCAUAGCUCUCAAAAACUUUUUUUGUCUUCACCUAUUUGCAAGACCACAAUUUUUCUAUUGAUUACAAGGUGCUAGGUUUCAUUACUCAGUAAUGUCCGACUGUUUUGACAGCGGAUUGCAUUAGCAUGGCCCAUUCAGCUGUUGCGGAUAGAUGCCAGUUGCCAUGGUGAAGAUUAUGAUGUCCCACAUCCAAUCUAUCCCUGAGAUGAGGAUGGCUUUUGCAAAACCACCUGCAAAUAUUUGUUUUCAAAGGUACAACUGACUCUUUGUGAAGCACUGGAUUACUAGAGUGGAUGUCUUUUCGGUGAAUCAUCAAAUGAGGAUGUAUUACCGCAUGAUUUCCCUUUUCAUUUAAAUAAACUUCCACUGCCCUCUAUCUCAAUGCUCGUUGACAAAGAAUCAGAUUUCAUAUUGUAUAACUUGACUGUCCUUUUUAGUUAUACAAGUUAAUGAGUUUAUCUGUUUAAUUUGUCUAAUUUCUCUAUUUGAUUGCCUCAGAGCUGACCUUAUAUGCAUAGGUUUGUUGUGUUUCUCCUGAGCUCACAAGUGGAGUUUUCCAUUUUCCUGUGGAUCUUGUCUGAGCAGCACAGAUACUUCUGUGGAAGUAACAGUGACCCUUUGAACAUCCAGGGGUGUUCUCCAAAUUGGGGCUUUUCCUAAGAACAUGUAUCAUAUAUCCCCAGCUCAAGGGUAUAGUGACCAGGUUAUAUUGCAGGCAAGGCUACUACUUGCAAAUGCACCCCGAUGGAGCUCUCGAUGGAACCAAGGAUGACAGCACUAAUUCUACGCUCUUCAACCUCAUACCAGUGGGACUACGUGUUGUUGCCAUCCAGGGAGUGAAAACAGGGUUGUAUAUAGCCAUGAAUGGAGAAGGUUACCUCUACCCAUCAGAACUUUUUACCCCUGAAUGCAAGUUUAAAGAAUCUGUUUUUGAAAAUUAUUAUGUAAUCUACUCAUCCAUGCUGUACAGACAACAGGAAUCUGGUAGAGCCUGGUUUUUGGGAUUAAAUAAGGAAGGGCAAGCUAUGAAAGGGAACAGAGUAAAGAAAACCAAACCAGCAGCUCAUUUUCUACCCAAGCCAUUGGAAGUUGCCAUGUACCGAGAACCAUCUUUGCAUGAUGUUGGGGAAACGGUCCCGAAGCCUGGGGUGACGCCAAGUAAAAGCACAAGUGCGUCUGCAAUAAUGAAUGGAGGCAAACCAGUCAACAAGAGUAAGACAACAUAGCCAGAUCCUCACAGGUGUUGUGACUUAUUCGUCCUGAGCACAGUUGAGUGAUUUAUCCUCACCAGACAUUCCUGCUCCGUGGCUGAAGAGCAGCAGGAAGUAAGCUAAUGCUUAUUCUUUGCUGUCUCCGAACUUCUCUUGCAAGUGGAUAAAUCUCAACCUGUUGUGCCCCCCACAACAAGAAGACACCUGGAUAACCAGCUAAACUCAGACCAUGGAAUGCCCUACCAGAUAUGGAAUGCCUUUUUAAUAUCUUUUCUGUGACUGUGACACUUCAUGUGAAUGACAUACUUCACAAGUACACUCGAUACCUUGCCUGCUGACAGCUACCCAUAAUCCUUUUUGAGUCCUGUUUCAGCGAAAUCUAUGUGUUUAAGUUCAAUUUUGUAGCACACAAAUAAUAUUGAGUAAUUUCUAGUUAGACGCUGUAAACCUGUGCUAUUAUGGAUUUCUCUUCUUCCCAUUUUUACAGGGCUGCUCGCUCCACUGUCUGUGACUUUUGCAGGGAUUUUGUUCCUCUAAAUCUUAAAUGUUGCAGUUGGCUUAGGUCGGAGAGCAAUCAGGGAAUCAGGAAGCCUUCUAAACCUAUUAUUACAAAUUGCAUCUAUAAAGAUUAAGAUUGUUGUCUCUGGCUCACACUAUCGAUUAAACACACAUAUACGCUCUGUCCAGUAGCAGAUACUGUGCUCCCAAGGUCGGUAUUGCCUGGGUGGGAAAUGGCUCAAACACAAUCCAGGGAAGCUCUCUAUGAUAUGUGUUUGACAUCCCCCUCUAGUUUCUUUGUGUGUGUGUGUUUUAUACAUAUCACAAGCUUACUGGUAAUGGUAACAUUUGCCUUGCCCAGCGAGCAAGACCCACUGGUUUUUGAGAAAGUGGGUCCAAAGAUUUCUGUAGGCCUUGUAGGCCUGAUUAAGGUUCAUUUUUCAUCUAUUAAUUCUCAUUAUUUGGAAAAAAAAAAAAGGAAAAUAAUUACAACCUACCAGAAUUGCGCUACCUAAAUCCAUUUCAGAUAUACUCCGUCCUGUUUUUAAUGAACCAAACUUAACGCCAUCCCCGUUUCUGGCUGCGUUCCCCUCAUACUCAGCAGAGCAUGGGCAAGACGGCUGUUGUGUUCUUUCCUGCAGCAGCAAUGCAAACGUUAGUUAUAAAUUAGACUUUAAUAUUUUUGGUGUUUAAUGACAAGUUUUUAAACUGGACAUAUUAGGAAAAAUAUUUUUUUUAGCUCAGCAUGCUGAGUCCGGUACUGUGUAUUUCACCAGUACAUGCCUCUAACUCACUCAGCAUUUGGGGCUCAUGUUGCCCAGUGGCUGGGUUAGAGGUGCCUUGCCAUGAUCUCAGAAUACAGUCUGUUGAAUUAUCCUAGAUGAAAAUAAAGGCAAACCAACACAUUCAUCCAUCAGGAUUUUGCUCCAUUCCAUUUAUUUUCUUUUGUUUUAUUUUGCAUUCUUAAUUUAUUUCCUUUUUAAUUUAAUACUGUUUGAACUCUGAGCUUAGGGAAGACAACUACCAAGAAAGGCCAGGAACAGUUGACUACACAGUGAAGAUUCCAUGCAAAAUGUUCAAUAUUGGAUCUAAAGGGGUUCAAAAUGUUUCAUACUAAACUGUUUGGGAAUAUAUUUGUUAACUCUGUGUACACCUAAUAAAAUUCAAUGUUUUCUUCUCAGAAGAGUUGAGUUGAGACCAAACUGAACCUCAUUUAUUGAAAAUUAUAUGUCGGAUCAAUGUACUGGCCUCUUGUUGUUCUUUCUAUGUGGGAGGAUGACCCAGUCAUCAUUUUCCCCAUCUGCACUGUACUUAUUGGGAAAUUAUUUUGUCACUGCUUUCAUAAAUCUUCAUGACAGCCCUUGCCCAGCAUUAAAAAAUUCUGGCCUGCUUAGCUGAUUAAAGGUUUAGUAUAAAUUUAACUGUUUAUGCUUAUUUCAUUUUCAUAUUGGAUUCUACUUGAAUAAAUAAAAAGUUAGCAGAA